GUAAGCUGCCGUAAAAAUGUAUUAGAAGAAGAAAUAACCGGAAGUCUGUUUGUUUACAGGCUGCUAUCGGAAAGUCGGGGAAAUGGACAUGAAUGAAGACGUGGUCCAAACCAGCAACAGUAAAACGCUGCUUGUCCGCCACUUACCAGCCGAGCUCAGCCAGGAUGAGAAAGAGGAUCUGUUAAAGUAUUUUGGAGCCGAGUCAGUUCGGGUCUUUUCAAAUCGAGGUCGUCUGAAACAUGCAGCUUUUGCUGCAUUUAGAAGCAAGAAGUUGGCAGCAAAGGCUCUCAGCAGGCUCCAUCAGUUAGAGAUUCUGGAUCAGACACUUGUUGUGGAGUUUGCGAAGGGCCAAGAUGACAUUACAGUUUUAAAGGAUCCACCAGUGUCAGACAGUGGCAAACAAGUCAAAGCAGAACAGAAGACACAGGAGCGCAAACAGCCAAAUAUCCCACUCAUAGAAACCGGCGUUGCACCGAACCUAGGGUUGAAAUUUCAGUCAAAUCCCACCUUGAAAUAUUUAUAUCCUCCACCCUCCAACAGCAUUCUGACAAAUAUAAUGCACGCCCUCAUGAGUGUGCCAAAGUUUUAUGUUCAGGUUCUUCAUCUGAUGAACAAGAUGAACUUACCGUGUCCUUUCGGCCCCAUCACAGUCAGACCACCCAUGUUUGAGUUUCUGCCUCAUGCUCCACCCAUUCCCAUGCCUCCUCCCUUCCCUCCCGACUACCCCCCUUUACCAGAGGAGGAGAUGGAUCUGUCCAGUGAGGAAGAGUCAGAGUAUGAGAGUGGCGAUGAUGAAGACAAAGAGCGGAUUGCUCGUCUGAUGGGUCUGGUCAACCAGACUUGUAAAAGACCCUUGAGACCAAAAACAGCUUCAAAAAGAAAGAAGCCCAAGAUCAAGGAUCUGCUCUUUGCUCCCAAAGCAGACUCUCAGAGCGCUCCGGUGCUGCAGCCCUCCGACGUGUUCGAGCAGCCGAACCCCGCCGGUCCGAGGAAAAUCGAGUUCCACAUCUCGGUUUCAGACGUGGCAGCUGUUGUGGAGGGAAACGGGCCCGGUCAGCCUGGUGAUGAAGGCAAAGAUAAGAGUGAGGUUGCACCCAGCAACCAUCAGGAAGCGACGACGGUUGAAGGUUUCGGGAAGCUUCACCCCAGCGCUCAGGCAUCCCAACAGCCGGACGAGCGUAGCGACGACGAGCAGGAUCUCACCACAGACGUCAUCUCCAGGAAGGAGUUAGAGAAAGGAAGGCUGUCAAGAGACGAGAUAAAAAGGAUGUCUGUGUUUAAAAAUUAUGAAGCGGGCGAGCCAACCUGCAGACUGUACGUGAAGAACAUUGCAAAGCAAGUGGAAGAGAAGGAUCUGAAGUACAUCUACGGGAGAUACAUCAACCCUGCAUCGGAAACUGAGAGGAACAUGUUUGACAUUGUGUUGAUGAAGGAGGGCCGGAUGAAAGGGCAGGCCUUCGUUGGACUCCCCGAUGAGCAGAGCGCUGAGAAAGCCUUGCGGGAAACCAACGGCUUCGUUCUCUAUGACAAACCCCUCGUCGUCCAAUUUGCCCGAUCUGCAAGACCAAAACAAGAGAACACAGAAACCAAGAAAGGACCAAAGCAGCGGUGAAGUCAACAGGUGAGUGAGGCUGGAAAACCUUCAGGCUGCUUCCAAAGGAGACCAUAAAAACAUAUGCCCCUUUGUAACUGUAAGCUAUUAUCAUUGUAAUGUUUUCAUUUCGCAACUGUGUUUACACUUUAUCUAUUCAAGAUGCCAAGGCUUGAUAUUGUGGCCCAGCAGAACCAUUUGUAUCCUUACUCUGACAUAUCCUUUAAAAAUGUUAAAGCAAAUGGAAGCACGUUACAGUGACUGUUGGACAGAUGGAGCUGGAAACUAUUCAGCUCUUCUUGUAGUGUGAAUUUAAAAGGACUGAGCUUUGUGCUUUGAUCAUGUCGCCUCUUGUUUAAUUUCAUUCUGUUUUUCUUUGGUUCUGUUUUCUUGCACUAUUUUAGAUUCUUCACACUGACGUCUACCUCUUUUUUUCAGGUUGAAUUGCAGGUGGUGGUCAUCAGAGGCUGUCUAUUUUUUGUUGUUAAAUAAAAAAUAUUUUAAUAAAGUA